AUGCAUAAAUCACCACUCGAUAAUCCAUCCUCAACGGGUUCGGCUUCGAGUCAAGAACGUCAAAGGAGGCCACUCAUUAGCGGUCCUCAAACGAAUGUCCAUCAGCCUGUGGGAAUGCAGCAAACGAAUGUACCGAUUCAAGCAAUACGCCCAAAUAUACAACAGGCUUCUAACACCCAACAAAAUACUUUACAGCAGGAACUUUUAUCUAACGAGUCGGUUUUUCAGGGAAGUCUUGGCUUUUCUCAGAGCCCAGAUCCGAUAUCUCCAUUAAUACCAAACCAUGGAAUGGUUUAUAAUGCACAUGUACCCAGUCCCAAUAUUCCACCCAGGAUAUCACAAAUGACACGUCAUUCAUCUAGUCCACUCAUGAAGCAUGCCCAACCUCAAGCAAUUAUGCCAAAUUCUGGAAACAUGACAAUGCAAAAUGUAUCGAGUCAUCCAAUCGGUUUAACAUCUUCUUCCAGAGGUCCUCAAAGUGGACAGCCAGGAGUAAUGCAACAAGCAGUUACUGCUCCUCAAGUAGUUCCUUUAAUGAACCAACCAAUAUAUGCCCUUGAUCAAACGGUAACUUACAGAACUUUAGUUAACACGUCUCCCACUUCAGUCGCUAGACCUCUUAUAGGAAUGAAUAUUAAUACACAACAAAAUUUUGAAAGUAAUACAAAUGCUCCGUCUAUUCAACAUAAUUUUAAUACUCCGCUACUUCAUAAUUCUCAACAAAAUCCAUUGAUGUUACCAACAACUCGUAUGACAACUUCUACCGUACCAACCGAUUUACCAUCCAAUUCAAAUCGACAGACUC